CAUGGAUGCUCUAGCCAUGCUCCGUUCAUUCUUCCUGACAAUGACGUUAUUUUCAGCGUGUUUUUCUCACAGUAUUUUCGAAAGUUUUUCGGACGUUGUAAACGAACUAGACGCCUUACAGAUGUACAUACCCACUUUGAAUUCGCAAAAUGAAAAAUGUAAAAAUCACAGUUUGUAUUAUUUGGACGCUUUGAAAAAUUUGAAAAUAUGGGCUAGCGAGAUGUUUGAUGCAACAGGAAAAAUACCAAGUGGUAUAUUAUCCGGUGCCUUACACGAUUUGGGAAACUUUGACGAAUGUGUCGAAAUAAAAGUGCCAUACCACAGAGACAAAUUUCACGGACAAUAUUGCAUGGCCCAAUUUACCAUAGUCCCUCCAAAAGAUGUUCUCAUAGUUCACGCAAGUAAUUAUUAUGAAAAUAAUGCUUACGAGACGUAUUAUAAUGACAGUAUGUGGGAAAAAUUAAUAGUUUACUCAGCGGAUAAAACUAAAGGAUCACGUAAUGAAUUGUACUGCGCAUUCUGCCUACCGUCUUCUUGUACUCAUCAAGAUCUUAAGGCGGCUUUGGAAAGUAAUAUUCGAAUACGAAACAACAAAAGCGAUUUCCAGUUAUUGGUCGACGUCAACGAAAAAAGUUGCCAAGUAAACGAACCAGUAACUUUUAGUACAGGAGAUGUAAUUUUCAUCAUUUUCCUGGUGACAACUAUUAUGAUGGUUGUAUGUUCGAGUAUUUAUGGGAUUUUAAUAGGAAAAGAUCCAUAUAAAUAUAUGCAGAUAAAAGGCAAGUUCCAUGAUAUUAUAAUGUGCUUCUCAUUUCCGAUCAACUUCAAAAAGUUUACAUCUGAAAGUCGUAACACGGACGGACUAGAUUGUAUUGCCGGCAUGAGAGUUUAUUCUAUGGUUUUGAUUAUAGUUUUACACAGAAUUAUGUUUGAAUUUGGAUCACCGAUGGUUAAUCCAAAAUAUGUUGAAAAGUUGUACACAAAAUUUGAAACCACAUUACUUCUUAACGGUCCUAUUUUGGUGGAAUCAUUCUUUACGAUAUCCGGAUUUUUAGCAACUUACCUUAUCAUAGGACAACUGAAAAGCAGCAAAAGAGGCAUUAAUUUAGGAGUUUUCUAUUUUCAUAGAAUCAUCAGGAUGUCGCCCACCUACGCAAUAAUUUUAGCUUUCUAUUGCACACUUUUUGUAAAACUAGGUGAAGGGCCCUUUUGGUUACAGAGAGUUGGACUCGAACAAGAAAGGUGCUUGGCUAGUUGGUGGGCGAAUUUACUUUACAUUAAUAAUUACGUUAAUACUGAUAAAAUCUGUAUGUUCCAAUCUUGGUAUGUAGCCUGCGACAUGAACUUUUUCCUGUUCACACCAGUUUUGGCCUGGACCCUAUGGAAAAAGCCGAAAUUGGGCGUCGCCCUUGUAAUCGCCCUCAUAAUUGCUUCAAUUAUAGUCGUUUUUGUUAUUGUUUAUAUCAACAAUCUAGACGCAAUGUUUAUGUUGUAUAUAAGGGUAUUGAAAGAUCCAGUGUCGCACAACUCGUUUACAAGCAUGUAUAUUCCUGGACAUAUGAGAGCUAGUUCCUACUUCGUUGGUAUAUUAACAGGACAUAUUAAACAUCGAAUGAAUGAAAAAGAAGUGAAAAUUCCACAACAUAUUGUCAAAACUGGUUGGAUACUUUGUGCUCCUAUAAUGCUUGCAUCAUUAUAUACCGGCUUCCUAUUUUACCUCUUUGAAGUGCCAUCAUUGUUCACAGCCAUUUAUGCUUCGCUUUAUCAUUUUGCUUGGAGCAUAUGCAUUGCUUGGAUGUUGAUUGCAAUUUCUUCAGGAUAUGGUUCUUGGAUUGACCAAAUACUACGUUGGAAACCGCUAGUUGUUUUGGCAAGAUUGACUUAUUGCGUUUAUAUUUCUCAUGGAGCUAUUCAACUUUAUACAGCAGCUUCUAUAAGGACUCCGAUACAUGCAAGUGUAUUUAACGUUUUAUACCAAACAGGAGCUGAUAUUCUUUUAGCAUACAUUCUAGCCUUUAUUUUAACCAUGUUAUAUGAAUCGCCUAUAAUAGCUUUGGAAAAGGUUUUGAGAGGAUCAAAACCCUCUGAGAUUAAGAAACAAUCAAAAAAUGAAAAUGGGUCGGCAGCAACAACAGAAAUAGCAUCAAAUUCUAAUAUCUAAAAUUUGAUGUUAAAAAAGAUACUUUGUUUUUUUUUAAUCCAUAAUCAUUGCAAUAUACGGUUAUUAUAAACCUAUUAAAGUCUCAAAUUAUUCCUCUAUGUACCAUCGUCACCAAAAGUAACUGCCACAGCAUCACAUUAGCUUGAUGACGAUAGUACCUACUUACAAUUUUUCCUUACUUUCACUAAAUUAUGUGGAGUCACACGUAUCAAAGGAUGACGAACUCGUGUCGGCCAUAAAUAAUGUUUUCUUUUAUAUAAAUCUGUCACUUGGCCUCAAUUUGAUUACUUCAGCCUUGCUUUUAAUAUUCCUGCGUUGCCUAAUUUCUGGGUUCAUUUUCAUCAGGUUCAGGAAUCUCGC